AUGUGGAAGCAGUUCCUCAGCAAGCUGCCCCGCACCAAGUCCACGGGCGCGGGGCGGGGGGACGACGGCUUCGACUCGGGCCAGUGCAGCGCCAACAAUGCCAUACAGCGCGCCACCAGCGUCCCGUCCGGCGGCGGCGGCGGGCGCUCGGCGUCCGCCAUCAAGCGCAUGUCCUCCGCAGUCUUCCCCUCCAGCGUGGUCGCGGGCAUCGAGCCGCUGGUGGCCUUCAAGGACGUGCCCAGCUCCGAGCGGCAGAGCCUCUUCGUCAGCAAGCUGGGCCUCUGCUGCGCGGUCUUCGACUUCACGGACCCGUCCAAGAGCUCCGCCGAGAAGGACAUCAAGCGGCAGGCGCUGCUGGAUCUGAUAGACUUCGUCGACACCAACACCGGCCGCUUCUCGGAGGCCGUCAUCGCCGCCUGCGCCAGGACGCUCGCCGUCAACCUCUUCCGGGUCUUCCCGCCCAGCUACAGGUCCGGCUCCUCCUCCUCCUCCACCAACGAGGGCGAUGAGGACGAGCCGACGUUCGACCCCGCGUGGUGCCACCUGCAGCUCGUCUACGAGCUGCUGCUCAAGUUCGUCGGCUCCAACUCGCUCGACGCCAAGCUCGGGAAGAAGUACUUCGACCACUCCUUCAUCGUCCGCCUGCUCAACCUGCUCGACUCCGAGGACCCCAGGGAGCGGGACGCGCUCAAGACCAUCCUGCACAGGAUCUACGGCAAGUUCAUGGUGCACCGCCCCUUCAUCCGCAAGGCUGUCAGCAACAUCUUCUACCACUUCGUGUUCGAGACGCAGCGCCACAACGGGGUCGCCGAGCUGCUCGAGGUCUUCGGCAGCGUCAUCAGCGGCUUCGCGCUGCCGCUCAAGGAGGAGCACAAGAUCUUCCUCUGGAAAGUCCUGAUUCCUCUGCACAAGCCCAAAUCGGUUGGUGUGUAUCUCCAGCAGCUGACCUACUGCGUGACGCAGUUUCUGGAGAAGGAUCCCAAGCUUGCCGGCUCGAUAGUUCUUGGUAUUCUGAGAUACUGGCCUGUAACAAAUAGUCAGAAGGAAGUCAUGUUUCUGAGCGAGAUUGAAGAGAUCCUAGAAGCUACCAGCAUGGUGGAGUUCCAGAAAUGCAUGGUUCCGUUGUUUCGGCGGAUCGCUCAUUGCAUAAACAGCUCCCACUUUCAGGUUGCUGAAAGAGCACUCUUCAUGUGGAACAAUGAUCACAUCAUCAGCCUGAUAGCACAGAAUCGCCAAGCGAUCAUGCCCAUCAUCGUGCCAGCAUUAGAACAUAACAGUCAGACCCACUGGAACCAAGCGGUCCUUAGCCUGACCGCCAACGUGAUGAAGUUGUUCUCUGAUAUGGACGACGAACUGUGCUCGGAGUGCCUAACCAAGUACAAGGAGGACGAAGAAAACCAGGCGUCGUUGGAGGAGAAGCGGAGGUCGACAUGGGCGAGACUAGAGUCAGCUGCAGCACUCCAGCCAGUGACCGGCCACACAGCCGUCCUGGUCGGUCACCUACCGUCGGCGAAUUUGAUCGCCACCCUUAUUUAGUGUACGUUCAGUUGGUGGAGGUGACAAACGGUGUUCUUCCCCUCUUCGGUGAAGCGCCCGCCCCAAAGCGAGCAACUCCCAGGGUUGUCAUUUUGCUUUUUCUUUGUAAGUUGUAACUAUUUCCACUGUGUCUACUACGAUCUAGAGGCAAGCGUACCUGUAUGAGCGAGCGCUGAGUGCUCAGACUCCUUACGUGUAAGUUUGCCUGUUUAUUUA